AUGAAUCAAUCUGAUUAUUCAUUGUUUGACAUCUUCGGAAUAACUUCAGAACUUCAGCCAUCACCACAACAACUCAGCAAUGAGGAAUUGGAAAUGAUUUUGCGUCUGGAAGAAACCAAAAGCUUUGCUGAAUCGAACAAUAUCAAUCAACCUGAUUUUUCCUUGUCUAAUAAACACGGAGUGAGUUUCGAAUCAGAGCAAUCAUUUUCCCAACACUGCGAAAAGGUUUUGUGUUCGGAAAAAGCCAAAGUCUCUUCCGCAUCGAACAACUUCGACAACUUCGGAAUGAUUCAUGGUCAACUCACUGAUGUCGAAUUUGAAAGGAUUUUGGGAUUGGGUGAAUCAAAUGUCUCUGCCGAAUCGGCCACGCUGAUAAAUCGAUCUCAUUCCGACCAAUAUAUGACGGAUUGGAAUUCGCUUUUUGAGCAGGAGCCAAUAAAAAUAGAUGAUAUGUUUAAUGGACAUAGUUCCCAUCAAGCACCGGACACUCAACUCCAAAAUUCGAUUAUUUCACCAGAUUCGGGCAUCUGUGAUGAAGGAUUAGCGGAAUCCGAUUCAUCUUCAUCAAUUCCACCUACCUAUUCCCAAAUUUUCGAAGUGAAAGAUCAAUGUUUACAACAGAAGGAAUGUUACCGAACAUCGGUACCCAAGUCCACACCCUACGUCUUCAAAACGAAUUCGGGUUUAUGGAAAAAUCGCAAUUACGAAAUAGUUGAAAGUGUGAGGCCAACAAGUAUGAUACCAAAAAGUGACGUUAUCAAGCCAAAAGUGAGAAUAAGAGAAGGUGUCCGGAAACUGCAAAAACAGAAGGUAUUCAAGUGUUCCAAAUGCGAAUUCUCUUCAUACUUCAGGGAUAUUCUGGACCAGCAUAUCCACAGAACACAUUUACAACCAAAUCAAGAAUGCAAGCAGAUACAAUCGAAUGAACGUGUUAAUUUUACUAUCAACGGAAAAGAAAAAGCACCCCAUUCAUCUGUUGCUAAUAGGGCGUCUAUGUAA